CAAAAAUCACAAUCGUAUUCCAGAAUGAAGGAAGAUAUGGCUACAGAACCAGCUAAAGAUGUUCCAAGUGAUGAUGAUAUUUUUUUCCCAUCAGAUGUGUUUGAAGAACCAGCUGGCUUUCGACCCCCUUCACCACAACCCACUAUCGUCAGUUUUGCUCGUGACAGUGCAAGCGUUCAGCCAGGCUCAUUGACCGAGUUCAAAGUCAAUCUCGUUGGAAAACACAGUUUAUGGGCACAUUGGCUUUGGAAUGCUGGAAAAUCAAUGUCAAACUACUUGGAUAAAAACAAAAACAUGGUUGCAGGCAAAAACGUGCUUGAGCUUGGUGCUGCUGCCGCUCUUCCAACCAUGAUUUGCGCAUUAAAUGGUGCCAAAAAGGUUGUCAGCACAGACUAUCCUGAUCCAGCUCUUCUCAAUAACAUCAUACUCAAUGCACGAGAAAACACUCCCGAAUUUUUAGAGAAUAACACUAUUGUUGUAGAGGGAUUCAUUUGGGGCGAAGACCACACCAAGGUUCUCGAGCAUCUAUCCGAUGACGGAUCAACAAAAUUUGAUUUAAUUCUUUUGGCAGAUCUUAUUUUUAAUCACAAUCAGCAUACAAACCUACUAAAAAGCUGCCGUGAAAUGCUUGCUCCAGGCGGUGUAGUAUACACCACCUUUACUCAUCAUGUUGUCAAAUGGGCAUAUAGAGAUAUGAAAUUCUUUGAGACUGCCACUGAAAUGGGAUUUAAAUUUGAAAAGAUUUACCAGGAACGUUGGCAGUGCAUGUUUCCUGAAGACGAUGGCGACGUAGAUGUACGCAGUACUGUCCAUGGUUACAAGAUGUGGGUUUAAUAAAUAAUUGACUUUUACCAUACUUU